AUGCCUCAACAAGGGAUCCUAAAGAUUGAGUUGUUUGAUAUAUGGGGCAUAGACUUUAUGGGACCCUUCCCGCCUUCAUACUCAAAUACCUACAUCCUUGUGGCAGUAGAUUAUGUGUCUAAAUGGGUUGAAGCAAUAGCAUCACCCACUAAUGACACCAGAGUAGUGAUAAAGUUCUUCCAAAAGAACAUCUCCAACAGAUUUGAUGUCCCUCAGACACUGAUUAGUGAUAGAGGUACUCAUUUCUGCAACAGACAGCUGGAUUCUGUCUUAAGCCGUUAUGAAGUUCGCUAUAAAGUAGCAACACCAACAGCUUUCAAAACCCCUAUAGGAAUAUCACCAUAUCACCUGGUGUAUGGAAAAUACUGUCAUUUUCCAGUGGAACUAGAACACAAGGCCUAUUGGGCUACUAAAUUCCUUAACCUUGAUGCUAAAGCAACAGGAGAGAAACGGCUUCGCCAACUAAAUAAGUUGGAUGAAUUCUGCUUAGCUGCAUUUGAAAAUGCAAAGAUCUAUAAAGAAAAAGCAAAAAGGACAGUCAACUCAAGACUCAAACUAUUCCCUGAGAAACCCAAAUUAUGUUGGAAGGGGCCGUAUGUGAUUACUAGUGUAUCACCUUACGGGCACAUAGAACUUCAAGGUAAAGAUCCUGACAACAGGUUCACUGUCAAUGGACAGAGGGUUAAGCGUAACCUUGAAAGAGAUUUUGAGCCAGGAGGCUCAACACUGCUACUAAGUUAA